ACUUUUCUCCUAACCCCCGAGCCGCUCAUCUUUUCCUUCCAAUUCUUAUGCCCGACGCCCAUUGCCAACGUCAACACUACAACCGCCGCCGCCUUCGGUAACUACCGAUUUCUGAAUCACGUCUCACAUGGGCGAGCAAACCCCGGCACAGCCUCAACCACAUCCUCAAUCUCAGGCCCUGAAUGAUUCCUCCUUUACACCGUUAGUACUGCCAUUGUAGCCCCUAGGUCAACGGAGCUCACCAAUGUUCCUCUCCCAAGCUCGUCUCAUCCUUCGAAAAAUCCCUUCCCACCCUAGAAAAAUCCGUAAACUCUCCCCUGACCCUAACUUCGACCCUAAUGCCUCACAACAAGGAACUAGCUCCUUCAAAUCCGUGACGGAACCGCCGAAAACCGUGGGUAAAGCUUCCAAAACAAAAUUCGCUCAACGUCGAGCCUUAGCGGUGGUGGUUCCACGAAUAAUUGCGCGGUCCCUCUCUUGCGAAGGCGAGGUCGAAACUGCCAUCCGCUACCUCCGCAACGCCGAUCCCCUUCUCGCCUCCUUAAUUGACCUUCAUCCUCCUCCAACCUUCGACACUUUUCAUACCCCUUUCCUUGCUCUCACUCGAAGCAUUUUAUACCAACAUCUAGCUUUCAAAGCGGGAACCUCCAUCUACACUCGCUUCAUCACUCUCUGUGGAGGUGAAAACGGCGUUGUUCCUGAAACUGUCAUUUCUUUAGCCCCUCAACAACUGCGACAAAUUGGUGUCUCGGGACGAAAAGCGAGUUACCUUCAUGAUCUUGCGAGAAAAUACGAGACGGGGAUAUUAUCAGACUCGGCGAUUGUAAAUAUGGAUGACAAAUCACUUUUUACCAUGCUUACAAUGGUAAAUGGGAUCGGUUCUUGGUCGGUUCAUAUGUUUAUGAUAUUUUCGCUUCAUAGACCGGAUGUUUUGCCAAUUAAUGAUCUCGGGAUUCGGAAAGGAGUUCAAAUGCUCUACAAUUUGGAGGAGUUACCAAGGCCUUCGCAGAUGGAUCAGUUGUGUGAGAAGUGGAGGCCAUACAGGUCAGUUGCUUCGUGGUAUCUGUGGAGGUUUGUGGAGGCCAAAGGAACUCCUUCAAGUGCUGCGGCGGUUGCUGCUGGUGCUAGUCUUCCACCACUGCAGCAACAAGAGGAACAGCAACAACAUCAGCAGCAACCCCAGCUUCUGGACCCCAUUAAUAGCAUUCUUAACCUUGGGUAUGAUCUCUUUCUUAAAGAAAACUUAGUUUGCUUUGUUGCAUGUUUUGAUGUUAUCAGUGUUAGUUGCAUUUUGUGAAAAAGAAAUGUCUCCUCACCU